AGAGAGGACAAAGCUGAAAUCAGGUCUGUAAUUUUCUCGAAUUGGGAUCUGGAAAUUGAUCAUGUCAACAGAGAGGCGAACAUGUGCGCUGAUUACCUUGCACGGACUGCUCAUGAGGGGAAUAUGGGGGUGAAUAUGAUUCACGUACCCCCGACUUUUUGUGUAAACCAAAUGUGGAAUGACCUUACUAAUACUGGUUCUAGGAGUCGUUUGUAAUCUUCACAAGCUUAGGCUUGCCUUAUUAUUCAAAACAAAAAGAAAAAAAGAGGAGCAUGAGAGAGGAGGAGAAAAAAAAAUAGGGGGAAGGUGCGGGAGGAGGUAAUAGGAACAAGAUCAAACAAACCCACUGGGGAAAAAAAUCACAUUUACUUAUCAUUGAAUUGAGAUUGAAAUGAAGAAGAAUAGCGUUCCAAUAAAAGCUUCUUUACCAAAUUUCCUUCCGGUCUUGCCAUAUCAAACUCCGAGACUCAGAGAUCAUUUCCUUAUUGGCAAGAAGAUAGGCCAAGGCCAAUUUGGCACGACAUAUCUCUGUACCCAGAAAUCUACAGGGAAGCUUUUUGCCUGCAAAUCGAUCCCUAAGCGGAAACUAUUGUGCAAAGAAGAUUAUGAGGAUGUAUGGAGGGAGGUUCAGAUCAUGCAUCAUUUGUCGGGGCAGCCUAAUGUGGUUCAAAUACAAGGAACGUAUGAGGAUUAUUUGUUCGUGGACAUAGUUAUGGAGCUUUGCGCUGGGGGUGAGCUUUUCGAUAGGAUCAUUCAGAAGGGGAAUUACAAUGAGAAAGAGGCGGUCAAGUUGAUAACGACCAUUGUUGGCGUCGUGGAAGCUUGUCACUCUCUUGGGGUCAUGCAUAGGGAUCUCAAGCCCGAGAAUUUCUUAUUUGAAAAUCGCGAUGAAGAUGCCAAAAUGAAGGCUACGGAUUUUGGGUUGUCUGCGUUCUACAAGCCAGGACAAUCCUUUUCUGAUGUGGUUGGAAGUGCCUAUUAUGUUCCGCCUGAGGUGCUCCUCAAACAUUAUGGACCAGAAGCGGAUGUGUGGAGUGCUGGUGUCAUCUUAUACAUCUUACUGAGUGGGGUCCCGCCUUUUUGGGCAGAAACUGAGGCCGGAAUUUUCAGACAGAUUUUGCAUGGAAAGCUAGAUCUUGAGUCUGAUCCAUGGCCAAGCAUCUCGGAAAGUGCUAAGGAUUUGGUAAAAAGUAUGCUCGAGAGGGAUCCCAAGAAAAGAAUCUCUGCGCAUGAAGUUUUAUGUCAUCCUUGGAUCGUUGAUGAUUCAGUUGUCCCUGACAAGCCUCUGGAUUCUGCUGUUUUGUCACGGCUGAAGCAGUUCUCAGAAAUGAAUAAACUUAAGAAGAUGGCACGGCGUGUCAUAGCAGAAAGAUGUUCAGAAGAGGAAAUCGGUGGUUUAAGAGAGCUGUUCAAAAUGAUUGACACAGACAACAGCGGAACAAUAACAUUUGAGGAACUCAAAGAAGGUCUCGAGAGAGUUGGUUCUAAGCUGACGGAAUCUGAAAUUAAAUCCCUUCUGGAAGCGGCCGAUAUAGACAACAAUGGAACGAUAGAUUAUGGUGAAUUUCUUGCGGCCACGCUGCACUUGAAUAAGAUGGAAAGAGAGGAGAAUCUGGUUGCAGCCUUUUCCUAUUUUGACAAAGAUGGCAGUGGUUACAUCACCAUUGAUGAGCUUCAACAGGCCUGUAAAGAUUUUGGCCUAGGUGAUGUACAUCUAGAUGAAACAAUCAAAGAGAUUGAUCUAGACAAUGAUGGGAGAAUUGAUUUUGCAGAGUUCUCGGCGAUGAUGAAGCAAAGCGAUGGCGGCGGUGUCGGUCGGAGCAGAACCAUGAAAGGCAGUUUAAACUUCAAUAUGGCAGAUGCCUUUGGAGUGCAAGACUCAUCCUGAUAAGCUAACAUAGACCUCUCUUUUUUUGUACAGUUAGAAAGCAAAUAACUGUAGAUGACAAGUCAGUCUUUAACAGCUUUGAGAUUUUGAGAUGUCUAUUUUGCGUUGGAAUGUUCUAUUUCUUUUUAGCUCAAUUGAUGGAUUUCUUAAAUUUGGUAGAUAUGCUACUCAUCAUCUCAUAAACCUCUUCCCAUGGCUGAUCUUUCUCUGACCAAUGUAGUUAUCAAAUCGUUGUUAUUUAUGUGUAUCUAUUAA